GAUGGAUUUUUUGCCAGUCACCCAACUUUAAUGUAAUCUACAUAUAAUAUGUUUUCCCUUAAACAAAAUUGUUGGUUCUUAAGGAAGGUGAUAUGGUGGAGAGCUAUAGCCAGUAUUGCAUGGUCAGUACUGCUGCUGCCGGUCACCGUGACAGUUUUUGUGUUCCUCAGUAGAUUCUGUCUGUUUCAUCCCAUUCUGUGGGUUUCAGAAUGCUUGGCCCUUUUGACUGCUGCCAGUACCAUCUUUUCCCUUGUCUUGCUCUGUGGAGUGGUCUUGGUAGCUGGGUUCUUCAACCUGGAGUAUUACACAGUUGUACCCUCCAUCCCAUGCACGAGGGUCGCUCUUCUGGGUAAAGUGCUUCACCCACGGCAGUGCGUCCACUCGCUGGUUCACUGCACCAUGGGCAUGCUGAUGUCUUGGUGCGCGGCUGUGACCAUCGGAGGCAGAUAUGGCACACUUGGAUCCCCCUGCACACAGACAGAUAGUGGGAGUUCACAGCAGACAUGCCUAAAUGAGUAUCACCUCUUCUUCCUGCUGGCUGGGGCUUUCAUGGGAUACAGUCAUAGUCUCCUGGGUGUUGUUCAAAACAUGAACUACGUAUCGUUUCAAACCAUACAGCAAUACAAGUAUCUGCGCUUUAAGGGAUCUCUGCCGCGUGUGAUCAAAUGCAGUGUCGUUCAGGCUCUGUAUUCAGUGAGGAAUUAUGUUGCUCUGUAUUUCUUUUUUGGUUACAUACCCAGAACAUGGAUCUGCACAACACUGAACCUUGAACUGGACAGGUCUCUUCACACUCUGGACUCCCUGGCGGGGCUGCUUGACUUCUCUCUGCUUUACCACCUGUGGAUCAGUGGCACAUUCCUGCUGCUCAUCUGGUACCUCACGGUACUUCUCUUCAGGAUCUAUGUCACCGAGGUGUACAGUUUCCCUGUGCAGUCCACUUUUGCAGAGGAUGCUGAUCAAUGCCUUCCCAAAGUCCUUACCAGCAGUGAAUCACUGGUCAUGAAGUUUUUAGCCCUGCAGGACUUGGCCCUGCUGUCUCAAUACUCACCUGCAAGAAGACUGGAAGUGUUCAGCCUUAGUCUGCCAGGUGGUCACCCCCACAACUGGAAUGCUAUCAGUAAGGAGUGUCUGUCUCUAUUAAAUGAGCUGACUCAGCGACUAGUGGCCCAUCAUGAUGCAGUGGCCUCCAAUGGAAGGAUCAAGUCACAGUCUGCUAGCACUGAUACCACCAGAUCUGGCUCCUCUGGGAGCUCAGUGGCAGGGACAUUUGGGACAGAAGAUGUCCUGAAGACACCACAGCCCAGUUCCUUCAUUAGGACUCCUGGCUCCGUGUUCCUAAAAUCAUCUAUGGGGGGAGUGCACAGCUCAGUGACAGCCCCCUUUACCCCAGACCUGGACAGCCCCUUCUCUUCCCCAGCCAUCCGCCGCCUGGCGGCACACCAGGAGCCUUCGUCCCCCUGGUACGGCUCCAUACAGAGUCCCCACAUCAUGAGGAGGGGCGCUAAACUAUGGAGUGCCUCCACAGACUCACAACCCAAGAGCAGUGUGGCAACCUCCCCUGUCCCAGAGCCCAGCACCCCUCCUGCUUCCCCCAAACCCAGUUUCCUCUCACAGUGGCUCCAGAACAGAAAAGAACAGGUUAAAAGUUUCUUGUCAAGACGGGUGCUGAUAAUGUAUUUAUUUAAUAAGCUUCCAGAGGCCUCCAGCCAAGCCCUGUUUGCUGACAGCCAAGCUCAUAUUUGGGCUUUAGAAGGCUUAUCUCACCUAUUAGCAGCCUCUUUCUCUGAGGACCGCUUUGGGGUGGUUCAGACUACACUACCCAGCAUACUCAGCUGCAUGCUUACUCUGCAAGAGGCUGUUGACAGACACUUCAAGCUGCCGCAUGCAUCCAGCAAACCUGUGAGAGCGAGUUACAGUAUGGGAGAUUCAAGCUACAAAACCCUUAGAUUUGCACUGAGGGCUGCUCUUAAGACAGCAAUCUACAGGAUCACAUCCACGUUUGGAGAGCACUUAAUGGCCGUGCAAAUAUCAUCGGAGCACAGAAAAAGACUACAGCAGUUUAUGGAGUACAAAGAAUAACGCAAUGACUGCUCUUCACCUCCCCAUGCUUUUCCCUCUGACACAGUGAUACUUAUGGUCCUGCACUUUGGUGUGU